AUGCCGUCGACGAUCGUGUCCGUCGAGCGCGCCGCCGCCGCCGCCUCGCGCGCGAGCGCUCUCAGCCGUCGUGCGUCGUCUGCGCGCGCGCUCGGACGACGCGCGCGCGCGAGCGGACGCGACGAAACCCAUCAAUGCGGUGGACGCGCGGUCGUGCGCGUGCACGCGGCGAACGCCGCGCAGGGAUCGACUUUGGACGAGACGCACGGGUAUGAGAAUUUCGCCAGUCGGGACGAGCUGCGGGCGGCGGCGAGAAUGGCGGCGGAGCUGCGCUUGCGGGUGCCCGCGAACGCGGAACAUCAACAGACGAUCAGAAGGACGCUGACGUACGCCGGGUACGGGUUAAGGAGCGGAGAGGUGGAGCUGAUGCGCGUGCGACCGGCGGCGGCGGGCGAGGGAAGGUACUUCGUGCAGGUGCCGAGCGGGACGAUCGACGUCGACGAGGUCAGCGGUGUGGGCGAGACGGAAUACACGGAGGAGGAGGUGGAAGAUAUGCUCCUGGAGAAUGUGAUGAUGGCGCUGAGCAACGAUGAGGAGGAGAAGGCAAAGAUUCGAGAAAAGGCGGAGAGCACGAGAGUCAAGCUAGACAGCGAGGUCGAGGUGCCGGGCGCGUACGACGAGAGUGAAAAACGCGUGCGGGCCGCGUACGAUCUGGCUAAUGAAGAUGUUCGUUUGAGCGCCGAGCUCAAAGGCGAUUUCGUCGUUCGAGGCGCCGAGCACUUGUUGAGCGCGCUCGAGGCCAUGGGCAUCGAUAACUGCCGUAUCGAGUUAGAGGGUUCUGGGGAGAUUCCUAUUUUGGACGGAAGCGCGUCUAACUACGCGUACGACAUCUGCACUGUCGGCCCGACACCCGCGCUCUCCGCGGACGGCUCCAAAGCUCCGCGAAUGGCGUGGAAGAUCACGGAGAACGUCACGGUGCGAGAGGGCGACGCCUUUAUGUCGCUCAAUGUCGAUGAUGUGUGCAAGCUCACGUACGGAAUCGAUUUCUCGUACAAGAGCACAGCCAUUGGGAAGCAGUGGGAGAGUUGGACCCCGACCGAGGACGCUCCGUAUGUUUUCCACGUUUCUCCGGCGAGAAUGUUCGGCACAAUGAACGACUUCACGGCGUACUACCGCGCCGGGUACAUCAAGUCUGGGUUGGAGGAGUGCGCCCUGGUCGCGAACGGGGAUUCGUACUGGAACGCUCCCCUUCGCGUGUCGAACGAGCCAGCUCGACACAAGAUCCUCGACUUGAUCGGUGACUUGUCCUUGCUGGCCGAGCCCGGGAUGAGCGGAGUCCCGAUUGGCCACGUCGUCGCGUACAAGGCUGGCCACAAGCUACACGCCAAGUUCAUCAAAGCGCUCGCCGCCGCAUCGAAGGAGAAAGUUCAAGCUGAAGUGUGGACCGAGGGUUUCGAGUCAUGA